UUUCCCAAGAUAAUUUUCUAACAAGACAACAAAAACAACAGAAUGGAAAUGGAACAAAUACUGUUAUGCCUUCCAUUAAGGAAAAGACGGAGAAAACUAUGCAAUUGCUUGUUAGAAGCACAAAGGAUAUCCAAAAUUCAACUUUCCGUCCGCCCGAAUAUUCCAAUCCCCAACCCAAUAAAAGCCUGCAUUUUGUUUUCCUUCAACCCUUCCACUCAAUCAGUUUCAAGCAUCGUUCUGAUAAGUCAGCAGAAGAUUAUAUCAUCGUAAGAUGAAGUUUGAAAAGAUCCUCAAGAGCCUCAUCGAGCAGACCUUGCCCAGUUGGCGUGACAAGUUCUUGUGCUACAAAAUCUUGAAGAAACAGUUGAAACUUAUGUGUUCCGAAGAUGGCCAAAUUGAUGCCAACCAACUCAACCGCUUCCUUAGCCUUUUGCAGCAAGAGAUCGAUAAGUUUAACACUUUCUUUAUUGAAAAGGAAGAAGAAUAUGUCAUCAAAGGAAAGGAGUUGCAAGAGAAAGUUAUGGAAGCCUUGGAUUUAAACGUAGACUUAAUGUUAGAAAUAGUAGAUUUUCACGGAGAGAUGGUUUUGCUAGAGAACUAUAGUAUUCUCAACUACACAGGUUUGGUGAAGAUAAUAAAGAAGCACGAUAAGAAAACUGGUGCUCUACUUCGCGUGCCUUUUAUCCAAGAUGUGGUGAAGCAGCCCUUCUAUGAAAUUGACGUAAUUAACAAGCUUGUGAAGGAGUGUGAGGUACUGAGUAUUCUAUUCACCAAUGGUCUGGACUCACCGAUGGGCCAAAGUUUUAUGGAAAAUGGUUUUGGCUCCGUCAGUAUCAAUGAAAAUGAAGAGACUGUAAUGCAUGUUCCAGAAGAACUUUCUGACCUAAAAAACAUGAAGAACAUGUAUAUCGAACUGACACUGUCAGCGCUGCAUACCUUGGAACAAAUCAGGGGUAGAGGGUCAACUCAGAACAUGUUCUCAUCACCUUCCCCAUAACUAGCCUUUGCAUCUGCAAGAGGCUUCAAACGAAAGAUAAAUGCACUACAGAUAGCAACCUAGUACAUAAGAAUAACAUGGAUCUUCUCGUGUUUUUUCUUUAUAAAUAUAUAUACGGUUGAUAUACAUAGAGAAAGAGACUAAUGGGAAUCUCAGACACGUGAUGUUGUGUUGUUGAAUCUUAGUGUAAUGCUCUUUUCUUUGUGGAGAUCCAACUCAAUAAAUUUUAAUGGAAAACUUGUUUUACUUAGUAAUUAGUAUAUAUAGUUUGUGAUGGUAGGUGGGUGUGGCUUGAUUUUUAUUUUGUUUUCCUUGUCUGUUUUCAAUGUAUAAAAUGGUUUCUUCAAUGUAGGUAUUAUGUACUUCUUUUUAUUACAUAAGAUAGUCUAACAUCGCUUAAAAAUUAAGUAUAAGAUAGUUUAAAUAUUUUUUAUUUUUUUACUCUAUUAUGCCUUCAUAAAACUUACUACCAAUGUUACAUGCAAUUUUGUAAACUUUUAUAUGAAAUUGUAUGUUACUUGCAGUGUUCAUCAUAGAGUUUUAGUCUUAGUUAUUCCCAUUACUCGUUAGUAAUUAUCUCAGUGAUUUUUAGAAACUGAAAAACCCUUAGUUCGACACAUCAAACAAUUUACUUGUAACGAAGGAAUGGGAGUUUUGGUACAGUAAAGGGGUCACCUUUCACCUGUUAAGUAACUUCUCUUCAUUAUUCAUAAAUUUUAUAAUAACAUUUGUAAAUAUAUAAUUAAAAGAAACUUCAAUAAAAAUGAGUCAUUUUUAACAAUUGAAUUAAAUGUCUGUUUGCAUUUGUAAGAUAAAUGAGUCCUAAAAUAAUGCGAUCUUUUGCAUUAGAUUUUCAUAAGAGAGACAAAAGACAAUACCUUUAGUAAGGAAAGAAAAGAAGUAACUGAGAGAGAAUAAAAUAAAAACAACUGGUAUAUUCUAUAAGUAUUAAACUAGCUUUGAGUAAAGAAAUCCAAUAUAUAGAGUUUAAUUUGUUGUUUAGUCGAGUACCAAUUGGCUUUUUUUAUAUUGUUCUCCACAUUGGUAAAGAGAUCUAAUAGAUAUGAUAAAUUCAUUAAUUAUUAUUAGUGAAAAAUUUUCCUAAACUAAGUCCAACAAGUUUUUUCUCCAUAUUAAGAUUUUCCCACAACUUUUGGUGUCUACUAAUUUCUCUUAUUUAUUUUGUACAUCUUAUUAUUUUACACAAUAUAGGAAAUAUUUAAUCUGAAUUUUACUUCUAUUUUUGUUAUCUUCAUCAAAGAAAGUUUUCCUGGUAAUAAAAGGAACAAGGUUUUCUAAAAGAAAUAUCAAACUAAAUGCCAGCCUACUCUGCGUAUAUCAAACAUAGUCUUCAUUAAGAUUCAUAAAACUUUCCUAA